ACACCCGUAAGCUACUCCAGCUAUAUUGGAGGUCCUGAAGACGCUGCUUGCUUUCUCCCAGACAGCAAUCACUGCAAUGGCGGAUUACGAUAACUACGACGACCGGGAUCGGGCUUACGGUAGCUUUGGCGGAGGAAGGGGGCCCCGGGGGGGGUGGCGGCCCGGGGGGGCCCCGGAAGCAGAAGGAGAUGCCCACAGAGCCCCCGUACACCGCCUACGUGGGCAACCUGCCCUUCAACACCGUACAGGGAGACAUCGACUCCAUCUUCAAGGACCUCAGCGUGCGCAGCGUGCGGCUCGUCCGAGACAAGGAGACGGACAAGUUCAAAGGCUUCUGUUAUGUAGAAUUUGACGAAUUGGAAUCCCUCAAAGAAGCCUUGACGUACGACGGAGCUCUCUUGGGAGACCGGUCGCUCAGAGUGGACAUCGCAGAGGGCCGCCGGCAGGAGAAAGGCCCUGGGUUUGGCUUCCGGAAAGACGACAGAGGGCGGGGUGGGGCACGUGGCUCCCGAGGAGGGGGGCGGGAAUCCAGAGACGACUACGACCAAAUGGGAGGAGGAUUCAGAGAUGACGACUUCAUGGGUGGGCGGAGUCGAGGCGGCGGUCGCCCUGGCGACGGUCGCCCUGGCGACAGGAGAGGGGGCGGGGCCGGGGCCGGGGCCGGGGCCGGCGCCGGCGGGAUGGGCCGCUACAGAGACGGGCCUCCUCCUCGCGGGCCUGCCACGGACUUCAGAGAACCCUCUGACGAGGAGCGCGCUCAGAGGCCCAGGCUACAGCUGAAACCGCGCACCGUGGCGGCGCCCCUCAACCAAGUCGCCAACCCAAACUCCGCCAUCUUCGGCGGGGCCAAGCCACGGGAGGAGAAUUAGUAAAAAAAAGGAUGUGGCUGCAUUAUUCAGGAGGACUAAACCUGGAGCCGGCUCCGUUCAAAAAUCACCCAAAGAGAGAGAGCAAGAAAGAGAGGGGGAGAGGGAGAGCUGACGAAGGGGGCGUGGCCCCACCUCCGCUGAACAUCACCGCCGUUCCCACAGCACAAAGCACUGCAAACCUCACCGGGAUGGUGGGACCUGAUUGGUUAUUCAUUAGAAUGGUGGUAACGGAUUGGUUGUUCACUGGGAUGGUGGUACCUGAUUGGUUGUAUAUUUGCCUUUGGGUACCUUUCCCUCUUUUUUUUCUUUUUUUUCCCCAAAUGCUUCUUGUGUUCUGCAGUGAUGUGUGUUGUUUUUUUUUCUUCGUUUAGACACACGGCCGCUGUUCAGGGCUACCGUGUGUUUGGCUCUUAUCGUUUUCCCCUCAGUCACAGCUCUCUGUGUAAAGUAAGUAAAUAUUCUGUCUUAUCGAACCUUGAAAGAAAAUCUGAUGCUUAAAGCGAUUGCUAAUGUGUCCAUGUUAUGAAUCGGACACAACAUUUUCAAAGAUUUUUGACCAGAGUCGGUUCAGUCCAGGUAAGGGUAGCUUUCUGUGAUAACUGCCAGCAGUACCGAAAUCUGUGGCUAUUCCUUCGAUAUCCACUGCUAGAGGUAGAAAAGUUGUUAUUGCCAAAAAAGGUUUUAAAAAAAAAAAAAAAAAGAUCACUCGAUUUGGAAAAAGUGCACCACAUGCAUUUAGUAAGUUUUUUUUUUUAUGAAGACAUAGGAAAACGUGACUUGUCUGGCUUUCCAGUCCUGGCCACACUAAACAUUAUGUACAGUAGUGUUACUACCAGUGCUUCAAAUUAUAACUGUAGGCAGUGCUUUGGAUUUGCUUCUCUCUGGGUCUGGAAUUCUGAAAAGCUCCUGUACAUUUAGACUGCUCAUCUAUCCCCCCCCCAACUUUUGUUUUCUACAAAGUUUAUGGCAAUAAAGUUAAUCUCCUACAGCUGUUCCUUAAGAAUGUGUGUGUAAAUUUACGUGCAGCGCAGUGUGUGUGUGUGUUCUCCUGGGCUCAGACUGCGAUGUCGUUGUGGCGUGUAGCGUGACCAACAGAACACAACCGUCCUUCUCCCAGCGGCCAAUCAGAACGGUCUCCUGCGCUAGCCCUGUGCCCAGAGCACGGUUGCUGGGCAGGUUGCCGUGGUUACUUCCGUUGCUUUGGGUGGGUUGUUGUGCUUCCUCUCCAGGAAUUUUUAAGGCCAGCUGGGUGUGCAUGGUUGCUAAGGCGCCGGCUCAGACCCAAAGUAAACAUCCAUAUGCGCCGUCAUGGCAACAGAUACAGGUGAGCAGAAAAGGUGUCUCCCUGGUGCUGACUUCAUAUCAGUCUGGGUCAUGAGAGACCACACACAGCUUAACCCUGUUCGUGGUUCAUGAACUCAUUAGAUUAACUGCUAGAAGGCCACUGAACACACAAAGUCUGUUGUUAACUGCAGCCAUCAUUCUGAGUUCUCACUGCGUAACGAAGAACUCGAGCAAAUAUACUUGAUUUGAAAUUUUUGGAAAUCGGACUGAUUUCGCCUGGCCAGCCUGUGAACAGACUUUUCUCUUAUAAAUCUUAAAUGACACUCUGCUCUGAUUUGGGAAAGUAAAUGGGAAACUGAAAUGCCUGGAGAGGAAGGUGUGGUCAUUCGGGCUCUGAGCUUGUGAGAAUAACCCUGUUAUAGACCUCCUGCGCUGGUGUGCAACUGCUGUUCUCUGAAUAUGGCCGUCAGCGUAGGGGAUAUGGCCCGCGUGCAUCCUGCAAUGUUACUGCAUUACUGAUCGCCUGUACAGGACCUGCAGCUUCCGCAAUGUAUUCAAUGUGAACUUUAUCACGCCAGACUGAAUUCACACCCUGAGGAGGGGAGGGAGUGGGGCAGAGGGGAGGGGGGGGGGUGGUUGGAAUAGUUUUUUUUUGUUUGUUUGGUUUCAUUUUGCCAUCCCAUGUUCUUGUUUCACUCUUGUCGGCUGACUUUUUUAAACAUGUGAACCGGAGUAACGCCCAACACUUCACCCAUUCUGCUUCGUAAGGAAAAAAAAAUUAUGAUAAAAAGGUAAAUUUAAAAGGAUUUGGUAUUUUGUGAAUGAUCUUUUAAAUAAAAGAAACUUAAAGAA